AUGGGGUUCCCAACCUUUGUCUACAACCAACUCUUCGUCCACCCGCAGUUACCACCCUACUCAUUCGCCCAGUUGGUCGUCAUCAUCACCGGAGCCAACACAGGCAUCGGUCUCGAAACAGCCCGACACAUCUCCCGCCUCGGUGCGGCAAAGGUCAUCCUCGCAGUCCGCAACCUCGCCUCCGGCGAAGCCGCCCGCGCCUCCAUCGAGUCCUCCACGGGCCGCGCUUCAGGAAUUGAGGUCUGGCAUCUCGACCUGGCAGAUACAGCAUCCGUGCUUGCUUUCGCGGAUAAGGCUCUCGCGCUCCCUCGCCUUGACGCCUUCAUCGCGAAUGCAGCUAUCGCGACAAAGGUCUACAGUCUCGCCGAGGGCGGGUAUGAAUCCUCGGUGACGGUAAACAACAUCUCGACAUUCCUCCUCGCGCUCAUCCUACUUCCAAAGCUCCAAAAGACAGGCGCCGAGUAUCCGAACCGGUUCCGCCCCCCGCAUCUCACCAUCCUCACCAGCCAGGUGCACGCGUGGCCGCAAUUCCCGCAGUGGAAGGAUCCGCGCGGGGUGUUCGUCGCGCUGAGCGAUGAGAAGACAGCGAAGAUGGACGAGCGGUACCCCGUGACGAAACUGCUCGGCGUUCUGCUUACCCGGGAACUUGUCUCGCGACUCGACAAUGACCCUGGGGUGGUUAUCAACUUGGUCGAGACGGGAUUCUGUGAUACGGAGCUGUCGAGGGAGAAUAAGGGGAUUGAGGAGGUGGCGUUUAAUCUCUGGAAGAGGUUGUUUGCGAGGACUGCGGAGCAGGGUUCUCGGACUGUGAUUGCCGGCGUGACAGCGGGGAGGGAAUCGCAUGGUGCUUUUAUGGUGAAUGGGAUUCCUGCGCCGGAAGCCCUCGGCAAAUGGGUUCAAGGUAAGGAUGGUGGCUUGGCAGGGAAAAGGGUUUGGGAUGAGUUUUGUGAGAUCGUUGAAAGCAUUCGGCCUGGCGUGCUGAAGGGGUUGGUUUGA